AUGUUGCCACGAUUGUCGACCAACUACCUGAGAAGGACAGUGGCAAACACAUCUGUCUGGCAAUCCUCUUUGAAACAACCUUUGACAGGCGGUAGCAAUCCAUUUCAGCAAUGUGUGUUUAGACAUCUACAUACAAAGAAAUCAUCUCUACAGACAUCAUCGAUAGCAUGGUUGGCACAAAAAACCCAUCAGCAGAUUCCCAAGAGAAUUUUCACUACGUCGAAGCCAUCAUGGACAUCGGUGCAAAGGGCCACUGUCAAUACUGUAGAUAAAAAAGUAGCGCAAGCAGUGCCCAAAGCAACAGAGGUCAAAGCUCCCAACAGCCAGAGAAAUGCGACUGACUGGGCCAUCAUUAAACAAUUGAUGAAAUACAUUUGGCCCAAGAACGAUUUAGGUGUCAAGACUCGUGUGGUCAUUGCAUUGUCUUUGUUAGUGGGCGGCAAGUUGUUGAAUGUUCAGGUACCAUUCUUUUUCAAAAAUGUCAUUGAUUCUUUGAAUAUCACUAUUCCUGAAGAGGGCACUCUGUGGGCUAUCUGUGGUGCUGCUAUUAUUGGUUAUGGUCUCGCUCGUUUGGGUUCAAGUGUCUUUCAAGAACUUCGUAAUGCUGUAUUUGCUGCUGUUGCUCAAAAGGCAAUUCGUCGUGUAGCUCUCAAUGUAUUCACUCACCUUCAUAAGCUUGAUCUUGGAUUCCAUUUAACUCGUCAAACGGGCGGUUUAAAUCGUGCAAUUGAUCGUGGUACAAAAGGCAUCAGUUUCAUGGUAAGCUCAAUGGUAUUCCAUGUAUUGCCAACCGCUUUGGAAAUCAGUAUGGUGUGCGGUAUUUUGGCUUAUAAAUUUGGCACACCUUAUGCUGCUGUUACUCUCGGUACUAUCAUGGCAUAUGUUGGCUACACUGUUACAACAACUGCUUGGAGAACUCAGUUCAGAAAGCAAGCCAAUGCUGCUGACAAUGUUGCUGCCUCAAAAGCUGUGGAUUCAUUGAUUAAUUUCGAAGCUGUCAAGUAUUUCAACAAUGAGAAAUUUGAAGCUGAGCAAUACGACAAGCCUUUGGAAAAGUAUGAAAAGGCAUCACUCAAAGUAGCAUCCAGUCUUGCUCUUUUGAAUGCUGGGCAAAAUGCCAUCUUCAGUACAGCCUUGACCAUCAUGAUGCUUUUGUCUGCUAACGGUGUGAUGAAGGGAACAAUGACAGUGGGUGAUGUGGUCAUGGUCAAUCAAUUGGUGUUUCAACUAUCCAUGCCUUUGAAUUUUUUGGGAUCUGUCUACAGAGAAUUGCGCCAAUCGUUGAUUGAUAUGGAUACCUUGUUCAACUUGGAAAACCGUGCCCCCUUGGUCCAAGAUGCUCCUGAUGCUAAAGAGUUCAUCUUUAAGGGCGGUGAGAUUAGAUUUGAGAAUGUCAAGUUUGGCUACCACCCUGAAAGACUCAUCUUGAACGACGUGUCGUUCACUGUACCUGCUGGCUGCAAAGCUGCGUUUGUCGGACCUAGCGGAUGUGGUAAAUCCACCAUCUUGAGACUCUUGUUCCGUUUCUACGAACCUCAGUCGGGUAACAUCUAUGUGGAUGGCCAGAAUAUCAAGGAUGUCACCAUGGACAGUCUGCGCAAGGCCAUUGGUGUUGUUCCUCAAGAUACAACACUGUUCAACAACUCUAUUUAUUACAAUAUUAACUAUGGUCGCAUUGAUGCCUCGAGAGAAGAAGUUUAUCAAGCUGCGAAACGUGCUCGUAUCCACGAUGUCAUCAUGUCUUUGCCCGAGAAAUACGACUCUACUGUAGGUGAACGUGGUUUGAUGUUGUCGGGCGGCGAGAAGCAGAGAAUUUCGCUUGCUAGAACCAUCCUCAAGAAGCCUCGUAUCUUGUUCCUGGAUGAAGCUACUUCAGCAUUGGAUACGCAUACGGAACAGUCGCUCUUGGCUAACUUUAGAAGUAUUUUGCGUGAGACCAACAUGACCAGCUUACACAUUGCUCAUCGUCUGAGAACCAUUGCUGAUGCAGAUCAAAUCUUUGUGCUCAAGGAAGGCACUGUGGUUGAGCAUGGCCGACAUGAAGAGUUGCUAUUGAUGGAUGACAGUGUGUAUAAGGGCAUGUGGGUCAAGCAAGAAAGCACCCAGACUUACUUUGAAGAUCUUGAUAAGCAUGAACAAGAAUUCAAUCAAGAUGGCUUUGAGAACAAGAGGCCCAAGGAUUAA